UCAUGUACUUCAGACAUAAAGAUAAAAGUGGACUGUCCAUAUUAAAACGACGAUCACUUUCUUUCCUUCAAUUAACUGAGGUGAUUGUUACGCGUUGUACGGAUCUGAAAACUCUUCGUCUUUGCAAAUAUCGCUAAAGAAUGCAAGCGAGCCGGAGAACAGGAAAUCAGAAGCAGAAUAGAAAAAAAAGUUCAGCUGGACUGUCCAUAAAUUCUAAUUCAGUAUUCAAUUCUACUCUUCAAAAUCCAUUGAGUCCCGAAAAAUACUAAUUCUACAGCCCAAACGCAUAGCAACCAUUCAGUUUGAAUUCCUUAACAAGUUCACUACCACAUUCCAAACACAGCUGUUCUGAUCGACCAAGAAAACCGGCAACUCAAACUAACACAACAGUGCAAGACGGCAAACGAACUUUUUACCUCACCCGCUUUUUAUAUCCCUUCAGAAAAAUCCUAAACUCUUUAGGCUAAAGAGUCACGAUGAAUCUCCUCCGUGUGUUCAUUUGCUUGUCAUCAAUGACGAUGACGGCUAUUGCCUAUACACUACCUGGACCAGGAACUACUUGGAACAUGACAGACGUUUUGAGAGGUAGAUGCCAGGAGUACCGCCAGUGCCUCCACGGGGGUCUUUGUCUACCCUAUUACGGUGAUGUCCAGUGUGAUGCUGCCGUGAAUUCCUUUCUUGGAGCUAUCCGAGGGAUGGAUCCCUGUAAUACCCCAUACAACGCCUAUGAUGAAUUCCUUACCAUGGCUCCACCGAAUACUAAACCUGGAACGACAACGAUGUGGACAGGUGUCAGCGGUGCCUACAUACCGCAUGACGUUGCCGAGGUGAGUCGUGAGUACAUCGUCCUGGGUGAAACUUUCCCAGGAUACAUGGCUCUAAACCUAUCCUUCUGUGGUUCUACUGAUCCAGAUGAACCGUCUGGGUUCAACUACACAGUCUGCCCUACUGAAGACACCGACCGAUCUGGAUGUAGCAACAACACAGUUGCUACCUUCUGGGAUCGUGCGUCCGAGCUAUUUACAAGACAAGCUAGUGGUGUGGUCUAUGUUGUUUUGAAUGCACAAAGAGAUCGAGGGGCGUACCAUCUCGAAAGUACAUUUGCCCGUAUUGAAGUACCUGCAUUUGAUCGUACCAAGGUUACAAACAUUGCCAUCUAUCUCAUCCCGGACUUCACAAUUCCGACACCAAACAAUCGGGCACGUGAGACCUGUACAAACGGUACUGUGGCUUAUUUGAGAGGAAUCUUGGACAACUUGGGUCUUAACAAUACAUGUGAAGAAGAUCCAGAAGACAUCAUGUGGCUGCAGUGUGCUCGAUACACAGACAGCCCUUACUGCGUUCCAUACAGAAGACAUCAGCCUGAUCCGCCCUUAAAUGGAGCCAAAACCAUCGUCGAUGUCCUACCUUUGGCCUUCCUAAUGAUUCAAGUAGUGUCUGCCAUUUUGAUCAGUCGUCGAUAAAGUGCUUAAUAUCUCUCAAAUCUCUAGUCCAUUUUAUAAAUGAGAAAUUAUAUUUUA